AUGUAUGAAGCAAGUUCUGCAGAUUCUGCAUCUAGUAUCCAUGGUGCCAACCUUCAUGGCACUUCUUCAUCCAAAGUCGUGAAUAAGGGUUAUCAAACUGAUACCCUUAACCCUUAUUUCAUGCAUCCAAAUGAAAAUUCUGCAUUAAUUCUUGUUACACCAUUGUUAUCACCCAACAAUUAUCAUUCUUGGUCAAGAUCCAUGACUAUGGCAUCGCGAUCCAAGAACAAACUUCACUUUAUCAAUGGUGUCUUGCCUCGCCGGAUGGAUGAAGAAGUUAAUUCUCUUGCAUGGGAUAGAUGCAACACUAUGAUUAUGUCUUGGCUUCACAAUUCAGUUGAAUCUGAAUUUGCACAAAGUAUAUUGUGGAUGGAAACUGCAGAAGAGAUAUGGAAUGAAUUGAAAGCACGAUUUUAUCAAGGAGAUGUGCUUCGCAUCUCAGACAUUCAGGAAGAAAUCUACAAUUUGAAGCAAGGUGAUGCUUCUAUCGCUUCUUACUUUACUAAGCUCAAGAAGCUAUGGAAAGAAUUGGACAACUUUCGUCUAAUUCCUGAGUGUUUAUAUGAUUCCACAUGCCUAGCUAUUACCAAGAUUCGAGCUUACCACGAUGGUAAUCAAGUCAUACGAUUUCUAAAAGGGUUGAAUGAGAAAUACUCAGCUGUUAGAUCUCAGAUUAUGCUCAUGGAGCCUCUUCCAAAUUUAUGUAGAGUCUAUUCAUUGCUUGUUCAGCAAGAAAGACAAGCUGGUAUCUCCAUUGAUGAGUCAAAACUCUUGGCUUGUCCUAAUGCCAAUUCCACUACCAACAACACACACCAAUCUUCAUCUGCUAACAACAGUUCUAGAGGCAGAGGCAGAGAUGGUAGAUCCUAUGGUGGUAGAGGAAGAGGUUCCAGAAUUUGCACACACUGUGGCAUGACUAACCACACAAUUGAUACAUGUUUCAAAAAGCAUGGCUACCCACCCCAUUGGAAACAAGAAAGCUCCAUAAAUCUGGCACAAUUUGAACUUCAAGAUGCAAGUCAGAUUGAAUCACAUGGAGACAAGGAUCCUACACAGGCUACAUUGAAAUUCACACUUGCUCAACAUAAAGCUUUAUUGGAUUGGAUUUGUUGCAAGGAACAUCUAUAUCUCAAGUUAAUGAUUUGA